AACAGACACACUGAACCAACAUCUAUAAAGAGACCAGGCUGCUGAGGUAUUUUCAUUUACCUCUCUUUUCUUCUCCCGGCAACAGACAGGAAUUAACUGCUGGCAGGAUGGCAGAGAAAAAGGUAUCAACGAGUCGGAAGAAUCAGAUCAAGAGCUUGAUGCUCCAGAUCAGUCAGACAAUUCUGGAGGAGGAGGCGCGGGAGGCCAAGCGAGAGAAGAUAAGACACAUGGAGGAGAACUGUCCCUCCGUCUCCAUCCCAGGAACCAUGCCGGAUCUCCAGGAGCUCUGUCGGAAAAUUCACAAGCAGAUUGAUUUGUUGGACGAGGAGCGAUACGACAUGGAGAACAAAGUGAAUAAGGCCGACAAGGAGAUCGACGACCUGAGGAUGAAGGUUCAGGAUCUGAAGGGGAAGUUUAAGAAGCCGGCCCUGAAGAGGGUGCGGAUGUCGGCCGAUGACAUGCUGGCCGCUCUGCUAGGCUCCAAACACAAAGUGUCCUUGGACCUGAGAGCCAACCUGAAGCAGGUCAAGAAGGAGGUGAAAGAGGAGGAGAAGGAAACAGGAGAUUGGAGGAAGAACAUCGAAGACAAGGCCGGGAUGGGCGGCAGGAAGAAAAUGUUCGAAGGAGAGGUUUAAACCCUAUGUGUUGUUUUUCUGUCGACAAGGGUUUUUAAUUUCUGUAUAUUAUGUUGUGACAAUGUGUAUAAAAUAUAGAAUAAAUAAAUAAUGUAAUGCU